CUUCCGUUUCCGCUUUUUACGGCACAAGUUAGCAAACGUAGCGCAUGUUUGUGGCCAUUUGAUCAGCAAUGGAAGGCAAAGCACGCAUUCAAGAUGCCAUUAAAAGCCAAGGAGAAUUAGUUCGGAAGUUGAAGUCUGAGAAGGCGAGCAAAGAGCAGGCUGGAUGCUUUGAUUGACUUGGUACAUCUUAUGUUCUGUCCUCCUCAACUGUGAUGAUGAUGAUGAUGAUGCUGAUGCAUCAUACACCGCCACCCAAGUGUUAGGGUUGCUUACCACUUUUCUCCUGUUCUUCCUGCCUGACCUUCACCGCCAUCACAUUAUUAUUUUGUGGAAUAUACUUGUCGCCUCUUUAAAACUGGCCGCUGACUGACUGACAUUCCCAUUGGAUGACAACUCCAAACCAUCGGCCAUGUUCGCUGUUCGUACCUGCUGUGAUAUGCUGGGCUUCCCACGCUCAAACUUUGUGCGAUGUUGCCGUUCUUUGAUGGGAAUUACUGUUGCACAGAUUGAUCAAGAAGUGGCCAAACUUCUGGAAUUGAAGGCACAGUUGGGAGGUGACGAUGGGAAAAACCAGUUUGUCCUGAAGACGGCAAAGGGAACGAGAGACUACAACCCGAAGCAGAUGGCAAUAAGAGAAAAAGUUUUCAACAUCAUCAUCAGCUGCUUCAAACGUCACGGCGCUGAAACCAUCGACACUCCUGUUUUUGAAUUAAAGGAGACCCUUACAGGGAAGUACGGAGAAGACUCCAAGCUCAUCUACGACCUGAAAGACCAAGGAGGAGAGCUGUUGUCCCUCAGAUAUGACCUCACCGUCCCAUUCGCUCGCUACCUGGCGAUGAACAAGAUCAGCAACAUCAAACGCUAUCACAUUGCGAAGGUCUACCGCCGUGACAAUCCCGCUAUGACACGCGGACGCUAUCGAGAGUUUUACCAGUGUGAUUUUGACAUUGCAGGGCAGUACGACAGCAUGGUUCCGGAUGCCGAGUGCUUGAGGAUUGUUCACGAAAUCCUCAGCCAGCUGGACCUCGGCGACUUUCGCAUCAAGGUCAAUGACAGACGGAUCCUGGAUGGAAUGUUUGCCGUGUGUGGCGUUCCGGACGACAAGUUUCGCACCAUUUGUUCCACAGUGGACAAACUGGACAAGCUCCCAUGGGAAGACGUGAAGAGGGAGAUGGUGAACGAAAAAGGCCUCUCAGAGGAAGCGGCUAACCAGAUUGGGGAAUAUGUCAGCAUGCAAGGUGGCAUGGACUUAGCAGAGCGCCUCCUUCAGGAUGAGAAGAUGUCUCAGAGCAAGCAGGCUUCUGCAGGCCUGUCAGACAUCAAACUGCUCUUCAGCUACUUGAAGCUUUUUCAGGUUACGGACAAGGUGGUGUUUGACCUGAGUCUGGCUCGGGGUCUGGACUAUUACACAGGAGUCAUUUACGAGGCAGUGCUGUCUCAGGCCUCCACCGAGGAACAAAAUGGCUGCUGCCCCGCCGAUGAGGGUGUGAGCGUGGGCAGCGUCGCUGGUGGAGGACGCUACGACGGACUGGUGGGCAUGUUUGCCCCCAGUGGAAAGAAAGUACCCUGUGUGGGUGUCAGCAUCGGCAUUGAGAGAAUCUUCUCCAUCAUGGAGCAAAAAGCGGAGGCUUCAGAGGCCAAGAUUCGCACGACGGAGGUGCAGGUGAUGGUGGCGUCUGCUCAGAAGAACUUGUUGGACGAGAGGCUGAGACUUGUCACUGAGCUUUGGAACGCUGGAAUCAAGGCGGAGGUGAUGUACAAGAAGAACCCCAAAUUGCUGAGUCAGCUGCAGCACUGUGAGGAGACGGGCAUCCCUCUGGUGGCAAUCCUUGGAGAACAGGAGCUGAAAGACGGUGUUGUCAAGCUGCGUGACGUCACCACCAGAGAGGAGGUUGAUAUCUCCAGAGCUGAUCUUGUCGAUGAGAUCAGGAGGAGAACCUCUGAGGACCAACUAGUUACGCCACAAAGACAAUAGCUGCUGCAUGAAGAAUGAAGAAUUAUGUCUGGCCAUAACAUGAAAAUAUGAAUAUCUUACAUAUUGUGAUGUUAAUGUAGACACUUAAUAGUGUACAUGUGUAUUGUUUUGUCAUGCUUUAAAGACAAGAACAUUAAUGGAAACAAGUUGUAUAGCUCCUCGCGUCCACUAGGGGUCCCCAAACACAACUGUUUGAAUGCUUUAAAGACAAGAACAUCAAUGGAAACAUUGCAGAAAAAAAGUAAAUAAUUGAUUCCAUACAGUAUAUUUAUUGUCAAGACAAAAAUGUAUGACAAUAAUAAAACCUCUUUACUGCUACUUUGAACUGUAGUGAUGUAUUUUCUUUAACUACAUUAUAUUUACUAAUAACUAUUUUAAUACAGUAUGAAUUAUUUAUAAACCAUG